UUUUGCCUCACCGCGGUAGCUUGUAGCUGGAUCUUCAGCCCCGGGGCUUAUGCGACAUCAGACCGGAGAAACUUGGUUCUUGAGACAUAUGCUGCUUGUGCAGCACAAGUUACCAUGUGGUAGUACUCCGUGAAAUUACUGCAUAUGAACCAUCGUUCAAUUAAGCUUUCCCUCGUUUUUUUGGUGUCAGGCAAACUGGACGCGAAGUUGACGAAUGAAACUCAACCGUGCCAAUUAUUUCGUCGCAUCAAGCUGGGGCUGAUGCCUGGUCGGGAACCGGUGCUCCCCGCGACCCAUGCACUCGUGACCGUGCUGUCAUCCGAGGCCUACGCUCCCGGAUUAUCAGCUCUCCAUUCAUCGCUAAAGCACAUUUUAACGCCUUCUCUCCCGCAUGUUAUUGUUGUGGAUCUCGACGCUCCACCCUUUUCAAUACUUAUGAGGAUAAUACGUCCAUUGGAAUAUUAUGUUGUGGGGCUUUCGACAGUGGCUCCUUUCCUGAGUGCGGUGGGCCUCGAGUGUACCAGUGGUAAAAGGAUUCAGCAAAUUAAGAGUAUCAUGGCAGUCACUGCAGCGCAGAAGCGCAAGGCAACAUACAGUAAACUUUUUGCGUGGGGCAUUGGGCGGUACGUUAGGCGCGGGGCGCUAUACGUAGACGCUGAUGCUUUGUUUAUGAGGGCAACAACGCGGCAGGAUGUGGUUACACUCGUAGCGUCAUGUGCAAAGGGAAGCAUCUCGGCUGUCUAUGGCCGCGGCCUUGUGGACAAACCUCGCCAAGCACCCAAAGACCCCUACUACUUUAACUCUGGGGUUUUUGCCUACCAUCCGAGCCGAAAAACGCUCGCCCAGCUAGUCAGCCGCCUCGUCGCUGGAAAAUAUGCUCCGGAUCGCAGCAACCCGACGGAACAGGACGUCUUAGUUUCACAUUGGCGCGAGAACAAACAUGCAGUCAUCCCACUGGGUCCUGAGUUCAAUGUUCGUCCGUAUUUUAACGGGCAAACCAUGCCAAAAAACACAAAAAUUGUGCACUGGAUUGGUUUUCCCAAGCCCUGGGAGGUCAUACAAGCCGCAGAGGGCCACAAGAUCGAGCCCAAUGCAAUCGCCAAUUACAUCAAGCGCCACAAUCUCAAGAGCGCCUGUCUGCGAUGUCUCCCGCUGUGGAGCUUAGAGCUCUACAUCGAUUCUUCAGGCCCGAAUUUGAGCGCUUGACUAGGAACGAUGGACCUAGCGAUGGCAGGAACCUAAACAGUUCUUUAACCACGCAAACCCGCACCGCGCGUCUUCUUUUUAAAGGAAACACGUGUGAUGCCGGUCUGUACCGUUAACGGUACAGACCGUGUAUGGGCAACCCGCACGUUAGACCCGGGGUGACGCUAGGGUGCGAUUUACGCACGGCGUUCUUUACGUGAGAAACGGCCCAGCGUCAUUUACGCCGUAAUUUACGCGUAAUUUACGCGUGCAUUUAUUUAUAAAACCCGCACACACGCAGCCAGAGCCCCUAAACAAGGCCUUGGUGGCCACGCAGCUCAAUAGCAGCACGAGCACGGCGCAUAAGCGCACACCUAGAGUGCACACCUUGCUCGCAACAGCAUGCAACUAGCAAUUGGCUCGGCUCUGACAACGUUUGGGGCAGCCAC